AUGGCGAAAGAUGGUGGUUCCUGUGGAAUAUCUGGAGGAGAAAGAAAAUUAUCAGGUGUUGGAUUUGGCAUGGUAAAUGAUGGUGGUUCCUGUGGAAUCUCUGGAGGAGAAACAGAAAUAUUUGGUGUUGUUGGGUUUGGCAUGGUGAAAGAUGGUGGUUGUUGUGGAUUUUCUGGAACCAUGGGAGGAGGAAACAAAAUAUCCGGUGUUGAUGGUGGUGGUGAAAGUGAAAAUGAGUAUGGAUCUUGUGGUGUCAUAAAUUUAGGCACAAAUGGUGGUGAAGUAGAAAUGUCUGGUUGGUUAGUGGAAAAAGGAGGAGGUGUAAGCAAUGGAAAUGUUGGUGUUUCUGAUAAAGGAGGAGGAAUGACAAGAGGUGGUGGAAUUAGCAACGGUGGUAGUGGCGGUGAUGGAGAUGGAAGUAGCGGGGUCAAGACUAAUGGCGGUGGAGAUGGAGGUGGCGAUGGUGAGGGAGAUGGAAUUGGUGGAAUUGGUGGUAUUGGUAUAUUAAUAGUAAUAGGUGGUAAUGGACAACAGGGUGCAGCAGGUGGUGGUGAUGGUGGUGGUGGUGAUGGACAAGCAGGCGGUGGAGAUGGAGAUGGAGUGCAACAUACAGGAGGAGGUGGUGAAGGUGGCGGCGGACAAGGUGUUUGA